AGCUCCGGGGCCGCCAUCUUGGCGGAAAGUUUGGGGGGAAAGCGGUCGGGGGCGCGGAAAGAGGCAAGGUUCAGGGGGUGGGGCGGCCGGGAGAAGAGAGGGCGAGCGGUCUGGCGGACUACGGCGAGUGAGGAGGCGGCGGCGGUUUAGGAGGAAGAAGAGGCAGCCGGGGGUGCGGUCGCGGUGGGAGCUCCACCCCCGUGCCUUCACCCCUCGCGGCUCAGCUCCUCGAGCCCCGGGCGGGGCGGGGGGACGUGGAGCGGGGCAGGGCGGGGAGCCGCGCUGGGUCGUGCCGCCGGGCACCCCAGCUCCGAGCGCGAGCAGCGCGGAGGAACUUUGGCGGCGCCGCAGGUGUGGGGGCCCGCGGAGGUGUGCAUGUGGGGCGCGAGGGCGUCGCGGAGAGCGGCCGCUGCCCUGUCCGGCCCCCGCCACCGGAGCAGCUCCGAGGGAACCCGCCGGGAGAAAGGCAAGCGAGAGGAGGGGAGGGGGCCGAGCGGGGCGGGGUGGUGAGCACAGCUGGUCCUUUCUUGGAGAGCUCUGCCGCUGCGGCUGCUGCAGCUGGCGGAGGGGCGAAGGGUCGGAGCGUCUCCUCAUCCCCUGUAGCAGGUGUGUGCCCUCCUCUUCAUUCUGGAGAAAAAUGCCGGUUCGGAAGCAAGAUACCCAGAGAGCACUGCACCUCUUGGAGGACUAUCGCUCCAAACUAAGCCAAACUGAGGACAGACAGCUCAGAAGUUCCAUAGAACGGGUUAUUAACAUAUUUCAGAGCAACCUCUUUCAGGCUUUAAUAGAUAUUCAAGAAUUUUAUGAAGUGACCUUACUGGAUAACCCAAAAUGUAUAGAUCAUUCAAAGCAGUCUGAACCAAUACAACCUGUGAAUACUUGGGACAUUUCUAGUCUUCCGAGCACUACUGUGACUUCAGAAACACUGCCAAGCAGCCUUAGCCCUAGUGUAGAGAAAUACCGAUAUCAGGAUGAAGAUACACCUCCCCAAGAGCACAUAUCCCCACAAAUCACUAAUGAGGAGAUAGGUCCAGAAUUGGUUCAAGUGUCAGAGAAGAACCUGUCAGAAAUUGAGAAUGUCCAUGGAUUUGUUUCUCACUCUCAUAUUUCACCUAUAAAGCCAACAGAAGCUGUACCUCCCUCUGCUCCCACUGUCCCUGUGACCCCUGUCCUGCCAGUCCCUGCUGAGAAUACUGUCAUCCUACCCACCAUACCACAGGCAAAUCCUCCUCCAGUACUGGUCAACACAGAUAGCUUGGAAACUCCAACUUAUGUUAAUGGCACUGAUGCAGAUUUUGAAUAUGAAGAAAUCACACUUGAAAGGGGAAAUUCAGGGCUUGGUUUCAGUAUUGCAGGAGGUACAGACAACCCACAUAUUGGAGAUGACUCAAGUAUAUUCAUUACCAAAAUCAUUGCAGGGGGAGCAGCUGCCCAAGAUGGAAGAUUACGGGUCAAUGAUUGUAUACUGCGAGUAAAUGAAGAAGAUGUUCGCGAUGUGACACAUAGCAAAGCAGUUGAAGCACUGAAAGAAGCAGGAUCUAUUGUACGCUUGUAUGUAAAAAGACGGAAACCGGUAUCAGAAAAAAUAAUGGAAAUAAAACUAAUUAAAGGCCCUAAAGGUCUUGGAUUCAGCAUUGCAGGUGGUGUUGGAAAUCAGCAUAUCCCUGGGGAUAAUAGUAUUUAUGUAACCAAAAUAAUUGAAGGAGGUGCUGCACAUAAAGAUGGUAAACUGCAGAUAGGAGAUAAACUUUUAGCUGUGAAUAGUGUGUGUUUAGAAGAAGUUACUCAUGAAGAAGCAGUAACUGCUUUAAAGAAUACAUCUGAUUUUGUUUAUUUGAAAGUGGCCAAACCCACAAGUAUGUAUAUGAAUGAUGGCUAUGCACCACCUGAUAUCACCAAUGCUUCUUCUCAGCAUGUUGAUAAUCAUGUUAGUCCAUCUUCCUACUUGGGCCAGACACCAGCAUCACCAGCUAGAUACUCACCUGUUUCAAAAGCAAUGCUUGGAGAUGAUGAAAUUACAAGGGAACCUAGAAAAGUUGUGCUUCAUCGUGGCUCAACAGGCCUUGGUUUCAACAUCGUAGGAGGUGAAGAUGGAGAAGGAAUAUUUAUUUCCUUUAUCUUGGCUGGAGGACCUGCUGAUUUUAGUGGAGAACUGAGAAAAGGAGAUCGUAUUAUAUCGGUAAACAGUGUUGACCUUAGAACUGCCAGCCAUGAACAAGCAGCAACUGCGUUGAAAAACGCUGGCCAAGCUGUCACAAUUGUUGCACAGUAUCGACCUGAAGAAUACAGUCGUUUUGAAGCCAAAAUACAUGACUUACGGGAGCAGAUGAUGAAUAGUAGCAUUAGUUCCGGAUCAGGUUCUCUUCGAACUAGCCAGAAACGAUCCCUCUAUGUCAGAGCUCUUUUUGACUAUGACAAGACUAAAGACAGUGGCCUUCCAAGUCAGGGACUGAACUUCAAAUUUGGAGAUAUACUUCAUGUUAUUAAUGCUUCUGAUGAUGAGUGGUGGCAAGCCAGGCAGGUUACACCAGAUGGUGAGAGUGAUGAAGUUGGUGUGAUUCCCAGUAAACGCAGGGUUGAGAAGAAAGAACGAGCCCGAUUAAAAACAGUGAAAUUCAAUUCUAAAACAAGAGACAAAGGGGAGAUCCCUGACGACAUGGGAUCAAAAGGCCUGAAGCAUGUAACUUCUAAUGCCAGCGAUAGUGAAAGUAGUUACCGUGGUCAAGAAGAAUAUGUCUUGUCUUAUGAACCUGUGAACCAACAAGAAGUUAAUUAUACUCGACCUGUAAUUAUAUUGGGACCUAUGAAAGACAGGAUAAAUGAUGACUUGAUCUCAGAAUUCCCUGACAAAUUUGGAUCAUGUGUUCCUCAUACAACUAGACCAAAACGAGAUUAUGAGGUAGAUGGAAGAGAUUAUCAUUUUGUGACUUCAAGAGAACAGAUGGAAAAAGACAUCCAGGAACAUAAAUUCAUUGAAGCUGGCCAGUAUAACAACCAUCUGUAUGGGACAAGUGUUCAGUCUGUGCGGGAAGUAGCAGAAAAGGGUAAACACUGCAUUCUCGAUGUAUCUGGAAAUGCCAUUAAAAGAUUACAGAUUGCACAACUUUAUCCAAUCUCCAUUUUCAUUAAACCCAAAUCCAUGGAAAAUAUUAUGGAAAUGAAUAAGCGUCUAGCAGAGGAUCAAGCCAGAAAGACAUUUGAAAGAGCCAUGAAACUGGAACAAGAGUUUACUGAACAUUUCACAGCUAUUGUACAGGGGGAUACACUGGAAGACAUUUACAACCAAGUGAAGCAGAUCAUAGAAGAACAGUCUGGUCCUUACAUCUGGGUUCCAGCAAAAGAAAAGUUAUGAGGACUAAUAUUUCUGUUCUCUUUCCCACAAUUUUUUUUUGACACUUCUUUGACCUUUCCUUCUGGAGUCUACCUGCAAUAUUCCUUCAUGUUGAUUCAUAUACUCUUCAUCAUUGUCUGUAGUUGGCAUUUAUUUUUGACAUCCAGUGUCUUCUUCAAAUUGCAUCAUCUAUAUUAUUUCAUGUCACUAUUGGUUUGUGGCCAUUUUUCAGAAAUGAAGAUGGAAUGGCCUGACCAGCUAUUAAGAAUUUGGGGAAGUGGGAAAACUGUAAAAUUCCUUAAUGUUUAAGGGAAAGUAACUUCAAGAGGUUUUCAGAAAAGCUUUAUAUGAUUUCUUUUUAAAUUUCAAUAUAAAUGAGAGAGAAAUGGUUUUAAUCAGUGAUUUAGUGAAUUUGAGCAAUGGUGCACGCCUAACUUUAAUAGCAUGGUUUGGCCAAUAUAUUAUCUCUCACGUCCUUUUCUCAAUUGACUUCUGUUAUCAGAACAAAUAUUUCGUAUUAGGCAAAUAAGGAAAUGUGUUUUUAAUUUUAAAAUAAUAUCUGGGUUAACUUUCAUAGUUUCACAAGGGAUGUUCAUUUUUCAUAAGAAUCUUAAAGUCUUUUAUUGUUUGAGGGUAUUUUUCCCCCCAAUACAUUUGCUAGGAAUAACAACGUUUUUAUUCUAUUUGUGCAACAGUAUAGUGUCUUACGAAAAUUGUUCCUACAUUUGAUCAUCCUAUUUUCCAAACUGAGACCAUGUGUAGGUGCUAGGGAAGCUCACCUUUUACACAUAGGUUGGAAAAAUGUCUUCGGGCAUAAAUAUGGGUGAAAGAGACAUUACAGUGGUGAUGCAGUGACCAUUGACAAUGGAAAAAGAGUCCAAUUCAUAGUCUAAAACUUUAAGUGUAUUCUUAGGAGUCAGAUUUUAAUGAAUAUUUUACCCACAAUAACUGCCUAUUUUGUUAUAAUAAAAUAUAUAUAAAAAUAUAUAUAAAGCUUUCUUUAACUAAACUCUGUAACUAUGGGAAUUAUUUUCUUUACAUAGUUGCACACACACGAACAUAUAUAUAUAUAUAUUUAAAAUAUAUUUUUUUUUGCCACCUACUUUUAACUUUUUGUUUCAUUUUUAAAUUAAAUAUUGAUUGAUUAGACUUUAUCUUCUUAAUCAUGUGAGUUGCAAAUGGGGUAUGGUGGUUGUGGAAAGAAACCUUUAGGGAAGUUAGGUUACGAGUGAAAGUAUAGGCUUGUUCUCCUCUUUUCUACAAAAGUUUCAAAUGGUUCUGGUUGUUUUGUUUUUUGUUCUGCUGGUUUUGUCAUUGGUUUUGGCUUUGGUCCUCUGCCUCUCCUUCCACUUCUCCUUUCAUUAAUAGGAAAACAAGUGCAAGUCCCAUGUUUGUGAGUUUUUGCCCCUCAGACAGCACACCUUUCAUCUCUUAUAUUUGUUCUGCACUAGAGUUGCACAGAUCUUCAUGGUUAUCAAUAUUAAGAAAUUAUAGUAAAAGGUAGAUACGAUUUCAGAAAUGAGUUUUUUUAUGUUAAUAUUGUUUGACUUCCCAUUGCUUUAAUGGAGUUGUUUAUUAAAUACAUGUUUUUGACAACCUCCUCAUUACAAGUGAGUACUGGUUUGUAAAGAAUUAUCAACAUUAUCCAUUCCAUUUAUGAGAAAGAGGAGAACAGCUAAUAAACUUUAUUGUAAAAUCAA